AUGAAAGUUUUGGAGUUGAUAGGAGGGAUGGUCAUCCUCACCUCUGUGUUUUCGGCCUGUUCCGCACAAAGUCCGAUGACUGUACUGUGCUCCGCAGACUGGUUCAUGGUCACAGUACACCCCUUCAUGUUGAAUAAUGAUGUAUAUGUUCAUUUCCAUGAGUUACACUUGGGCCUGGGUUGCCCUGCCAACCACGUUCAGCCACACAUGUACCGGUUCACCUACCGUGUCACUGAAUGUGGCAUCAGGGCCAAGGCUAUCUCUCAGGAUGUGGUUCUAUAUAGCACCGAGUUGUACUAUGUUUCAAAAGUUACCUCUUCUAAGCAGGUGAUCCCAGUGUCAUGUGCAGCUCCCCAGCAGUCCCCAUGGCUUACUCUGCCCUGCUCCGCGAAAGUAGCCAGUGGCACAGGAACCACAGCCCAGAAUGGUGAGGCAUGCGGUGAGGUGUUCACCUUGUCACAGUCCAACCAGAGGCCCAACUGCGACUGCCCACCUUGUGUGUUCAACGAAGAAGAGGGUGCCCAGGCCCCAUGUCACCAAGCAGAGGCUCAGGAGGGCGAGCUUAUGCAGCCAUCUUCCCUUGUUAAUAUUUCUGAGGUUUGGUCUCUUCACUCAGACGAUCUGAUUGGGUCCAUGUGA